GUGGCGGCUCACUACUACUCUGCUAGUAAACAAAACUAUGUUGCUGGUUCUUCCUGCCUCUCUGUUUGUCUUAUUACCUUCUUUAUCUGGUCCACACGCACCCCAACACCUGGAUACACUCUUACAGGAAGCUAAGAUGAGCAGAUACCAGGUGUAGCUACUGUGUGAACUACAAGAUUUGAAGAGUUAUUGUGAGGGCGCCAUCAGUGAGGGAAGCAGUUAGUGUCAGCAGCAACACCGGGGCAUCAUGAAGCAGGGGUUGUUUCUCUCAGUGUACAGGGGGGAAGGUAUGCAGCCCAAGGAGGGGUGGACUGUGGUGGUGACAGCUCAUCUGGAAGGCAAAGUGGUCGCCAGUGAUCCAGUGCCACUUUCCAGCAGCCCCAUCUUUCGCCAAGAAAUGUCUUGGGAAGUCUCCUCAUCAAUCUUUGACAAGUACAAGAAUGCCAAAGUGCCAGUACGCAUUGAGUGUCAUUCCCUUGACAGCAGUGGUUACCACCACUUGAUUGGUUCCAUCAUCCUUCCACUCAGUUCCGCUGUUCAAGGAAGAAAGGUUGAUCCAAAAUGGCACAUGUUGUUGGGUGGGCCAUCGUCACUCCAGAGGAUGUCUCCAAAACUGCUGCUUUCCCUCAAUGUCACGCCUUCUUCACCAUCAUCCAAGGGAGAUGAGCCUAUGCAAGUGAGCCACACAAGUGAUGGUAUAGAUGGUGACAAGGGCACCAGAGAGUUAAAAGUGUCUUCUCGUCACCUGUCACAGCCAGAUGUUGUUCUGAGGAAAAACUCUGUUAAUUCUACUCGAUCUGCUCGAGAGUUUAAUAGUCUUUUGGUUGACUCCGGAAGAAAUAAUGCGUUAAGAGAUGGUAAAUUGAUUACUGACUCUCUGAUAAAACAGAAUAUGACUUUUCCCAUGGGAGAAGUCAUGAUUUCUGAAAAAGGCUCAACCAGUAUGGUGUCAAAUUAUGACACUCGAAACGCUGGUCGUUCAAGCACCAAUAAACUACAACCAUUACGGGAUGCAAAGCUUGAGGUGAGGGAAUACACCAUAGAUGAUGAUGACUACGAUGACCCUGAGAAACGAUUAAGUGCUAAUUCAUAUAACUUGAGAAGCUCUAGGACACAGUUGGUUCACAAAUAUAAUUCUGAACCACUUGAAUAUACCAGCUCAAGAAGCAUUCCUCAACACUCUCCAUCCAGCAGGAGUAAAGAUGGUACCAGGCCUCUUCCUGGUGGUAGCCAGAGUGACAUUUCUGAAUCCCUGGCCAGUGGCCACAAUACACCUAGGAGAACAAAUCUACAGUCUGCUGCUCAAACUUCACCAAACAUUAUCAGAGAAAAUGGUCACAAGCCUACUACAUCAGCCACAAAUGAUAAUGACUUUGUUUUGGCAAUUGCAAGUACCUCCAGUGGAAUGGUUGGAAAAACUGAGACCAAUAAUGACAAGACACAAAUAAUUCCUCGACUAAAUGAAAACGGCGGCUUCUUCCAGAUUGGUCCUGUUGGUGAACCGGAUGAAAGAAUGUUCCACUUCUCAGUCACUAUAGUUUAUGCCAAGAACCUUGACCAGGUGUUACCCAAAGACCUCCAGGUGACAGAGACUGACAAAGUGCGUUUCUGUUACUCACUGCUGGGCCACAUUGUGUAUACUGACUCAAUAAAGGACCUCACCAACCCAGAUUUUCUAGCUGAGCGAGCAGCAGGGAAGGUUUGCUCUACAUCGACAAAUGUUUCCUCAUACUUUAAACAGCAUCCAACAUUUCCCAUCCAUCUCCUUAUUGGAGAUGUCUGCUUGGCAACUAGCUCCAUAAACAUGACAUCGUUUGAGGAAGUGGGAGAUUGUCUCACACCAGAAACACCGAUCAAAGUAGAGGGAAGUUAUCCUUUAGUGCCAAUCAUGUUGAAUCCCUUAGCGUGGUCCCCUGCCAAGGAGCCAGUGCUGGGAGUUGUCAUUCAAUUGUCUGUCUCACUAGACAAUGAGAAUGCUGCAACAUAUUAUCCUCCAAUGAUAAAGAAAAACUUUGGCACUGGGAGUUCUUUAAUAAUGGUGGACUUCCUCUCCUCUGAAUCUAGUGACGAGGCGAGUGAUUAUGAUGAUAAUGCAAUAUCCUGGCCGAGCCAGAAUGAUGGGACCAGCAGCUACAGUGAUGAGGGUGGGCAAAGUAAGAAACGCAAGUUAGCAAAGCAGAGAGACUUCUCCAGGUGGCAACAUCAGCGUAAGAGUCUCAUGUAUGAAGCAGCCAUGGAGGUUGAGACUUGGAAGGAAGAUCAGCAACAAUUAUUUUGGAAGCAGUGGAGCACUCGCGAGGCAGAACUACAAAACCAUCUGGCAUCUGAAUGGCAGGCAAGAAUCAGCAGCAUGGAGGCUCAACUGCAGAGUCGCCUCGACCAGUGUAACACCUUGCACCAAAACUUAACUUCAGCUCUCCUGAAUGUAGGCAAUAAGGAAAAGAGCAUUUCUCUGAGGGAGGAGAAGGUAAGAGUAAUGCAAGAAGCAAAUAAAAAGUUAAAGCGUGAGCUGAGGCAGAGAGAAAGUGCAUCUGCAAAGAUGGACAAGAGGAAGAAAAACAAGAAAAUGCAGGAUAUAGAGGAGCUACAGGAAAAGUUAGAACAUGAGAAGAGCCGGAGGAAACAACUGCAAAGACAGGUACGGGAGCUGGAGGCACUAAACAGAGCAUCUGAUGAUAUCUCUUUGGCUGCACGGCACGGCACUGAGGUGAAGAUACAAGAGAUUCAGUCUCUUAAUGAAGAAAAGGAACAUUUGUCAGAACAGUUAGCUGCAGCAUUACGGAGAAAACAAUAUUAUAAGUUACAGUGGGUGCGCCUUGCAUCGCAGAUGCAUCACCUGCGCACUACCCACAUCCAGGAGGCUCAUGAUGUUGGAAUGGAUGUGGAACGGGCUUCACCAGAACCAUAUUUUGUUCAUCCACAAUCUAAGAAAGAGUUGCAGUACAGAGAUAUAUACACUAUGCAUGGUGAUGGAAGGAACAUGACAGGACAUGCAGAAAUGCAAAGACCAGGGCCAAGUUCUUCAGGACGAACUGCAGCAGUGCUUGAAGAGAGGGAGAUAGGCCAGAGGGAGAGAUGGAGAAAGGGAGUGGGUCCAGGCAAGAGUUCACAACCAAGCCAAAUACUGGAGAGUGUGUUGAAGCAAAGGCAGGAGCUGGAAAGGCGAGUUAGAAGAAACAGUGUUACAGAAGCUGGCAAAGGACCCACUGACUAUUCCACAGCCAUUAAAGAAGCAGAGCGGAAACUUCGCUCUCUUGAUGGCAGGUAACUCGGUGACAUAAGAAUGGAGACAGAGUGCAAAGAGCAGAGUGGGGUGAUGGUACAGAUACUAAAGAAUGGGAUGUGUAGUAAGUAAAGCUGGAAAUUUAGAAUAAUAUCUGAUGAGGGUUAACUCUCCAGAAAAAAAUUGUGGUACUAUUAUAGUAAAUCAACUGCCUCCAUCAUGGUGUUCCAGAGCCAUAAGCAAAAUUGCAUGUAAAGAUACUUUAUAGUUAUUAUCAGAAGUUUCACUGGUCAUGUGAAAAAUGUAAAGAUGACCACAAAUUAAGGAAACUAUUAGGCCUUCAUCCAAUGUGAAGCAGGAGUAAUUUGGUUGUUAAACUAUCGAGGUACCAAUCAGAAUUUGUUUUUGAGUAAUAAAUAUUCCUGAGCUGUACUUUGCCAUGUUUUGCAACUCCCAUGUGUGUUGAGUGGUAAAAUCCAAGAUGUUAAUUAGGAGUACAGUAUCUUCUGAUCAGCCAGCCACUUGGUAUUUGUCGUUAGAUAAGGACUUAAACAUAUUUAGGAGUGUCUUGGCUGUUCAGUCAGCUUGCUGCUGUUGCUGCCAUUUACUGUCUCCACACCCACAGAAUUUCUGGAAGCAUGUGAUGACAUGGGGGCACAGAUUUGUAUGAGUAGAACUUUGAGGAUAAUAGCUAUUUCUUCAGAUUAUAGUUUUAGGAUGAUUAAUAUUUUUGUAUUUUUUCUUACUUAUGAAAGGUAUUUACAAAAACUACUUAAUUUAUCAUGAAUAAAUCGGUUUAAUUUUUCUUUUUCAAGAGAAAGGUUAUUUAGCAAGGUUAUGUACAGCAUGCCAGUGCCACAGUCUCUCUAUUCAGCUGUUCCUGAGGAGUGAACUUUUUCUAAAUACAGUACAGUAUGUGGCUAUCCAUUAUAUAUGGCUCUCAAAUAAAGUAAAUUCACUGCCA